AUGUCCUGUAGCAUGGCAGGUGAAGAAGACUUCUUUUUGGAAGAAAAGAGAUUCAAGCAAUACUGUGAAGAAUUUAUUAAACAUUCACAGCAGAUAGGAGAUGGUUGGGAGUGGAGAACUAGCAAGGACCUUGGUGAUGGUUAUCUUAGUAAAACACACUUCCAAGUAAGAAAUAGAAACAUCCCACCAGAUCUCAAGGAGAAAAACAAUGAUAACAUUGAACAAACGUUAUUUACACAUGUUGAAGAGGCUUUGGAUGACUCUCAAGUAGCUGGAGUUUGUGCAACAGAAGAAGUGAUUCGCUAUGAAUAUCACGUCUUGUACUCCAGCAGCUACCAAGCACCUGUGCUUUAUUUUAGGGCGUGCUUUUUAGAUGGAAGACCUUUAACUCUGGAUGAAAUAUGGAAAAGUGUUCAUGCAAGCUACCAGGCUCGUCUGCUGGAGGGGCCCUGGGACACUAUUACACAGCAGGAGCACCCCUUACUUGGGCAGCCAUUUUUUGUUCUGCACCCCUGCCGGACUAAUGAAUUCAUGUCAUCUAUACUGGCUGGUUCACAGAAACAGAACAGACACACAAAUUACAUUAUAUCAUGGCUCAGUACUGUAGGCCCAGUUGUGGGUUUAAAUCUACCCCUGAGUUAUGCAAAACUAGCACCUGAGCAGGAUACAAAUGCUGAUUCAGUUGAAAGACCUCUGAGCUGA